UUCCUCCAUCCACAGCGCAGGAGCAGAGGAUGAACUUGUCGCGUUACCUGCUUAAAGGCGCCGCCGGGUGCGUGAAUAGCCCAACCUGCACACGGGAUAGGUAAAUGUUUGCUUGUGGAAAGUUUAAAAAAGGGAAAAUACUCGACAGAAACUUGAAGAUUAAUAAGGAUAAGAGUGUUUGGAUGCAAAGCGGACAGUAGAGGAACAGCCAGAGAGGAAUCAGAGCGCGUGUUGUUGUCAAAGAUGCGGAAACAACAACAGAAGCGACAGCAAUCUGGAUUUUGAUCCACUGGGAUCUUUCCUCAGCGCCGGGGAGCAGCAUGGCUUGGCUCAGGAGGAGGGUGAAAAUGUUCCAACUUGGAGUGACACCCGAACAACCUGAAGUUUUCUGCCUGCUGGGACUGUCUCUGUGCUAUGGUUUUUACACCAUCCCGCGGAAUUAACGGGUUGUUGGAGCAGAGUCAUCAUGUCAAAAGUCAUUCAGAAGAAAAACCACUGGAUCAACAAAGUCAACGACUGCCUGGUGAUCCGGGACGCGUGCGGGGAGCUGAAUGUGGAGCUGCGCGGCGGAGCGGAGAAUGGAGAGUUUCCGUACAUCGGGCAAGUUAGGGAGGAUGCUGUGGUUUACCAGGACGGUAAACUGUGCGACGGGGAGCUGCUGCUGGAGGUGGAAGGGCUGCCUGUGUCUGGAUUACCUCUCUAUGACAUUUUAACUGUGAUUAACUGCUGCAAAGGUCCUGUCAGGUUGAAAACUGUGCGUCAAGGUCACAAGCUCAACAAGGACCUGAAGCACUACCUGAGCCUGAGGUUUCAGAAGUCUUCCCCCGACCACGAGCUGCAGAAGAUCAUCCGAGCCAAUCUGUAUCGCCAUGCUGUGCCUUGUACGACCCGCCCCCCUCGAGACGGAGAGGUCCCAGGGGUGGAUUACAACUUCCUGUCUGUGGAGGACUUCCUAGAACUUGAGGACAGUGGCACACUACUGGAAAUAGGAACAUAUGAAGGUAACUAUUAUGGGACCCCUAAGCCGCCAAGGCAGCCCAUCAGUGGGACAGUGAUUCUCAGUGAUGCAGGCUCCCAGCAGUCCACCCCAAAGCGCACCAAGUCCUACAAUGACAUGCAAAACGCCCGAGUAGUGCCUGCUGACGACGACGAUGACGACCAGGCCACGGAAAUGAACAACAGUUUUACAGGAUCUUUAGUGCGUAGUCUCUUCCCCUCUCCUUUGUUGUGCACAGGCAACCCUAACGACCAGGACGAGAGCCGCGGCGGCAUCCUCCGGCCGUACCCCGCACGUGAUAAUGCUCCAUCCUGUGGUCUGAACAAUGCGGCCACCUCCACAGCAGAAAGUGGGCAGCAGACCCUCGCAGAACCGCAGGUCUCUCCAGAAGACCCGCUGGGACCACUGCCUGAGAACUGGGAGAUGGCCUACACGGAGAGCGGAGAGCUUUACUUCAUAGACACGGCAAAGGCACAACACCCGGACAUGGCUGUGUCUUUUCAGAGCUUCCACAACACAAAGACCACAUCAUGGCUGGAUCCUCGGUGUAGAGACAAAGCCUCCAGGCCUCUGGAAGAGUGUGAUGAUGAUGAAGAAGGGAUACAUACGGAAGAGCUGGAGACUGAUCUAGAGCUGCCCCCAGGAUGGGAAAGGAUAGAAGACCCAGUGUACGGAGUGUACUAUGUAGAUCAUAUAAACAGGAAGACCCAGUACGAGAACCCCGUGGUGGAGGCGCGGCGUCGGAAAAUCCUGGAGCAGCAGCAGCCGCAGCCUCCAGAAGGUGAGCGGUAUAUUCGAGAGUGGAUAGAAGAGCACUCGUCAGCAGCGGCUCCGUUAGCAAACUACGCUCCAAACCACCUGGAGACCUACAGGGACCCACAGGUCCCGCCAACUCUACCUCCCGUCCCUGCAGGAGCCAAACGAGGGAAGCCUUUCUUCACAAGAAACCCAGCAGAGCUCAAAGGAACCUUCAUCAACACAAAACUGAAGAAGAGUCGCCGCGGCUUCGGCUUCACCGUGGUCGGAGGCGACGAGCCGGAUGAGUUCCUGCAGAUCAAAAGUCUGGUGCUGGACGGGCCUGCGGCCGUGGAUGGCAAGAUGGAGACAGGUGAUGUGAUAGUCAGUGUGAAUGACACCAUUGUGCUGGGCUACACCCACGCUCAGGUGGUGAAGAUCUUCCAAUCCAUCCCCAUCGGUUCCAUGGUGGACCUGGCCUUAUGCCGUGGCUACCCGCUGCCCUUUGACCCUGACGACCCCAACACAAGCCUGGUGACCUCAGUGGCGAUCUUGGACAAAGAGCCUAUCAUCGUCAACGGGCAGGAGACGUUUGACUCGCCGUCCAACCAAGCCGGACCUGUUAACGGCAUGAGGGAACCGCGGCCGCACAGCCCCUCGGCUGAGGUGGCGUCAAACGGCUCGCACGGCUACUCCAGCGACGUGGUCACCCUGGCCUCCUCCAUAGCCACCCAGCCCGAGCUGAUCACCAUCCACAUGGAGAAGGGCGACAAGGGAUUCGGCUUCACGAUUGCAGACAGCCUGACGGGAGGAGGGCAGAGGGUCAAGCAGAUAGUGGACUAUCCGCGCUGCCGUGGCCUGAAGGAGGGGGAUAUUCUGAUGGAGGUCAACAAGAGAAACGUCCAGAAUAUGAGCCACAAUCAGGUGGUGGACCUGCUGAGCAAAUGUCCCCGCGGCAGUGAGGUCACCAUGCUGGUUCAAAGAGGAGUGGUGCCAGCCAAAAGGAGUCCAAAGCUGGUGCACCAGUUAGAGAGGAAAGACAGCCAGAGCAGCUCCCAGCACAGUGUGUGCAGCCAUCGCAGCACCCACACCGAUUCUCCCAGCCACCCACCCUCUGCCAUGCCCAGUGAGGCUGUGGCUCCCACUCCUGCUGCCCCCACCCAGCCUCUGCCAGGCCUGCCCCCUCAGGACCCUGCAGAUGGCACCCUCACCCUCCAGAAGAAGCCAGACCCCUUUAAGAUCUGGGCGCAGUCCAGGAGCAUGUACGAGAGCCGACUGCCGGAUUGCCAAGAGCAGGACAUUUUCCUUUGGCGGAAGGAUACGGGCUUCGGCUUCCGUAUCCUGGGAGGAAACGAGCCCGGGGAGCCAAUUUACAUAGGGCACAUAGUGAAGUACGGGGCAGCAGAUGAGGAUGGACGCCUGCGGUCGGGGGAUGAGCUCAUCUGUGUGGACGGCACGGCGGUGGUGGGCAAGUCUCACCAGCUGGUGGUCCAGCUGAUGCAGCAGGCCGCCAAACAGGGCCAUGUCAACCUCACUGUCAGACGCAAGUCCAGUGGAUACGGAGUGUCGAAAGGGGAAGGUGACGUUCCUCCAUCGCCGGCUUCCUCGCACCACAGCAGCACCCAGGCACCCAGCCUGACAGAGGGCAAGCGGACCCCUCAAGGAAGCCAGAACUCACUCAACACCGUCAGCUCUGGCAGCGGGUCUACGAGCGGGAUAGGCAGCGGUGGUGGAGGUGGCAGCGGGAGUGCGGUGGUGCCCGCCUCCCUGCAGCCGUACGAUGUGGAGAUCCAGCGUGGGGAGAACGAGGGCUUCGGUUUCGUCAUUGUGUCAUCCGUUUCCAGGCCUGACGCCGGCACAACCUUUGCUGGAAAUGCUUGUGUGGCCAUGCCCCACAAAAUAGGGCGCAUCAUCGAGGGCAGCCCGGCGGACCGCUGCGGGAAGCUGAAAGUCGGGGACCGGAUAUUGGCUGUUAACGGCUGCUCCAUCACCAACAAGUCGCACUCGGACAUCGUUAACCUGAUCAAGGAAGCCGGGAACACAGUCUCGCUCAGGAUCAUCCCGGGUGAUGAGUCUUCCAAUGCUUCUCUGCUUACUAAUGCUGAGAAGAUAGCUACCAUCACCACCACACACACACCUCAACAGACCACAGAGUCCCGGAAUAACUCAAAGUCAAAAGGAGCUCCUCCUCCUCCACCCAUACAAUCUCAGACAACACAGGAUGCUGAGUUCUACUCUGUGGACCUCGAGCGGGACAGUAAAGGUUUUGGCUUCAGCCUGAGGGGAGGACGGGAGUACAACAUGGACCUGUAUGUGCUGAGACUAGCGGAGGAUGGAGCUGCUGUCAGAAAUGGCAAGAUGAGGGUGGGAGAUGAGAUCCUGGAGAUUAAUGGUGAGAGCACAAAGAACAUGAAGCAUUCACGUGCCAUUGAACUGAUCAAGAACGGUGGUCGGAGGGCGCGGCUUGUCCUCAAACGGGGAGAUGGAUCUGUACCUGAAUAUGACGGCAGCAGUGACGGGCACACUCCCACACCCGGGGCACAAAACACUCCGGAAGUGAGAACGCUGCCACCUAACAGCCGAUAUCACACCUCAUUGGAGUCCAGUUAUCCACCAGACCUUCACAAACCAUCACGCCAGGAGGAGGCUGCGCGUGGCCGAGACAGGGACAGGGCUGGGUCCGAUCAGAUAGACUACCAAGGCCGGCAAUUUAACCCCCACCAUCAUCACACCUGGAAUAACAGUCACAGUCAAAGUACCCCCAGACAGCAGUCUCCAGAUAACAGUAUCAGCAGUAGCAGUGGCAACAAGAAGAGCCGAGGCCGCAAAGUCAAGAAGUCCGAGUCGGAGAGCGGCAUCUCUAAACUCCUAAAGACUCUGAGGAAAGACAGCUCGGGGAAGAAGGCCGCAGCUGCCGAGAAACUGAGGGGGCGAGAGCUCUCAGGCAGCAGUUCUACUUUGGACGGGAGGUUUCGUCAGCAGCGCCGCGGCUCCCUUGACCGCUCACCAACCCGAAAACGCGCUUCGUCUCCUGAUCGUCGGCGGGCCAAGUCGAUGGACCGCAGGGCAGAGCGGGCCCAUCGGGACCGCACACCUGAGAGGGAGUAUGAUGAUGGCGGGUUCCUCGCAGUCACCCCUGAACGCAAGUUCUACGAGCGGAGGCUCCUCAAGGACUCACAGAUGGCUGGGCGAGUCAGGGAGGCCACAACCCCCGAGCGCACCAACAACAACGGAGAUUCCUUGUCUCUCUCCAGGGGCCGUACAUAUAACAGAGCCACAAAGAACGGCAACCUCCUGAGAGACUCUUCCUCAGAGAGGAGGGAGGAGAGAUAUCUGAUUAACGGGACACCAGAGCGACGAUACCGAGUGGAGCGGGACUCUUCCCCUGACAGCAACUACAGCCGGGACGAGCUGAACUAUGCAGCAGCACCCAGACUGAAGGAUUACUACGGCAUGAUGAAGAACAACGCUGCACACAACAAUGCUGCCUACAACAACACAGGCCAUAACAAUAACACAGUUGGCCACAGCCCAAACCAGCUCCCUGAGCCCAAGAGAAGGCUGUACAAAGAAAGCCCCAAAGACCUCAGCAUCUAGAGCAGAGAUCCCCCUCGCCACUCUCCUCUAUCUGUAAAAACUAUGUACCAUACACUGGAAUUGGACUUCUGAGGAUACUAACUCUUGUGCUUUAUUUGGUCGAAUGGUUUAUUGAUUGAUUUGAUUGACUUAACUACUUGUGAUCCCAUCCAGAGAUUCAUAAAACAGCAGGAGUACAAUCCUAUCAGUUCAUACUGGUUGUUUUGUCAUUGUUAUAGUUAUUUUGAACAUAACAGAGGUUGUUGUACUAUAGUAAAGGUAUUGUAUGUGCCUGCAUAUGAAAUCAGUGAUAUUGCUUUUUGUAGGCAUUGCUGAAUCUAAAUAUUUGUUCCCUCAGAGGUAUGAAACAUGCUUCCAGUUGUGGUAUCUUCUAACUACUAAGCUUGUUUUCAACUUGUUUUUAGAUGUCUUUUCCAUUCCUGAAUUGCUUUACUGAACAAACUAUAGCACAAGACACUGAUGGUUCACAAGAGCUGUGAAAGUCACAGACUGAAGGCAAAAAUCUAAAUUUAAGAUCUGAUGGUAAACGUAGAGUGAUAAUUAAAUAAAUAAUAUAUGACUUUUUUUGCAUUUGCUCACUAUUUAUUUUUUAAUUUGGCACAUAUCUUGAGCAAGCUUCAUUAAAUCCUGGAGGACCAAGAUAGAAGUACACACUGUACCUGGGAAAGCAUGCUGUACCCUUACUUGUGUUGCAUCCUUGAAAUGUGUGGCAGCUCACCCUCCUUUGCCUAAACACACCCACACACUACCGAUAUUAAGAAAGAGAUCAGAUAACUGAUGAGAAAAUUGGCAACGGUGUAAUUAGUUUCUCCCUCAGAGAAGGAUUAUAAAAAUAACUUGAAUGCUCACUUUGUUCCUCAGUGUGUUACUGAUGUAGCACAGAAACCUGACUCACUUUUAACUAAAGGCAAAACAGCUCUGGCUGAUUCUCUGUUGCGGGAAAAUGAGAGAUAUCUAAAUUUGUUGCUCAUUAAAUUUUCAAUUUAGUACUUUAGAUGAGUCUGCAUAAUGCCACAAUACCAGCUUAAAGCUGCCAUAAAAUAUGAUUUUUCAAAUAUGCCAAAAAAAAAUUUAAAACAAAUGUGUAAAUUACCCUGUGCAAGAUGCAUGUGUAAAAUUUAAGUGUAGUUUAACCACUUUAUCCGAUAGGUCUGAGCGAGAAUUAUCGAUAAGGAACAUGCACUGUAAUACCACAGUAAUAAUUAGCCCUGUCCUCAUGUUGAUGAUAACCACAUUUGCGCACCGACCACCUCCUGGGUCCUGACACAAGAGCUGAUGUGUUUUCUUGUGUUGGUAAUAUACGGAGAGUCCCGGUACAGGAGACGACCAAUCUGCCAUGCUGAGCCAUGCUGUCACGCCACUGGAGUCUGACUGCUGCUUUAUAAUGUGUUUUGUGUGUAUUCUCUGUUUUAUGUUUCAUUGAAGAACUAAAAUAUAUUGGAUAAACCACAACAAAUGCAUUGUUUGAUCACUGUUGUCGCCAUGGUACUGUAUUAACAAAAAAGGACAAAAAAAAAAAGAAGAAAAAAAAAACACAUUAAGAAGUUAACCUGUUGGCCAUCACCUGUAAAGAUUUUUCCAGUGUAACUAUUAGGAACCUGUCAAGGAAUAAAAUGUUGCCUUUUUCUUGUACAAAAGAGAAAUUUAUGAAAAACCUCAGCAGUGAGGAAUGUGAUAUUGUGUUUAUAUCUCUGAAAUGGACCUGAUGAUUUAUGGGAAAUAUGUUGAUUUACUCUGGAUCAGGUAUGUAAAGACAUUUUAAAAUGAAAGACUGUAUUUGGUCAAUCAGAAA